AUGUGGGUGGAGACCGCGAGCGGCCCCACAGAGGAUCAGGUGGAGAUCCUGGAACACAACUUCAACAAGGUCAACAAGCACCCCGACCCCACCACGCUGUGCCUCAUCGCUGCCGAGGUCACGGAGGAAGAGACACAGAAAUGGUUUAAGCAGCGCCUGGCCCAGUGGUGGUGCUCAGAGGGCUUGCCCUGCUAA